ACCUCAACCUCCGUCCCCCAACUGUCUCACUGGGGAAUCCUUCUGAUAAGCCAUUCCGCCUUCGAUCGCAAUCUCGGUCCCCGCUUCCCCAGCCAUUCGCGGAUACAAUGACAGACGGACGAACUUUUUAUCCAGACAUAGCAUAGCCACCCGUCAUGCUGCUGUGCUUCCCUCGACUCAUGGGCGCUUAAAUGGUCGCCGCUGAAAACACACAGCCUCCGUAGUUUCCUGUGUCGCUCACAACACUUUGUGUGGUCAGAACGGCGUCUGUCUCGCUGCCAAGUGCAAAGAUCCUAUUGUACCUCGCUCAGAAUGAGGUCGGAAGCAUCUGACAAUGCACAGACGCCCUCUGGUUGCAACCCUUCAACGUCCGGAGUCCCAUGUCCCUGGAUCCAUCACCUAUCGAGCGCUGAUCGCGACCCGCCAGAGCCUCGGCACCACAUCUAUAAAGCUCCUUCCUUUGUCCUUCCGUCCACUCUUCCUUUACCUUCGUCUCCUCCCUCCUUCUCUCCCUCCCUCUUCAUUUCUCUCUGGUGCUUCACCGCUCAGCUGCAGCGAUGAAGCUCUCCACCCUCGCCUCCUCCUCCGCCGUCGGCCUCACUGCCCUCGCCAAUGUUGCGAGCGCGGUCCACAUGCCCUUGUCUGGCAAGCGCGCCUCCGGUGUCCCCGCGAGUGGGCUGGCGCGUCGCGCGACCAUGAGCGGCGCGACGAAUGUAUCGGCGGAGACGAAUGUGCAGUACACGAUCACGACGACGCUCGGUGGUGAGCAGAUCUCGCUCCUCAUCGAUACCGGCAGUUCGGACCUUUUCACGACCAAGAAGAUCUCCAAUGCGCAGGACACAAAGGUCAGUGCGUCGGUGUCCUACGCGUCUGGUGGUGCAGACGGUGAAGUGUACUCUUCAACCUUCCACUUUGCCGACUACGUCAUCCCGAGCCAGUACUACAUCUAUGCCCCCAACGCUCAGGGCUUCAGCGGCGUCGACGGCCUCAUUGGCCUCGGCCCCGCCCUGGGCUCCGAGAUCCGCAAUGCGGCUGGCAACAAGGAACAAGCCGACCCUCCGCUCGACCGCAUCUUCAAGAUGGACUCGUCCACAGACAACUUCAUCGCCAUCCUGCUCAAUCGCUCCGACGACCCUGACGAGCCCUUCCCGGGCGACCUCUCCAUCGCCGAGGUCCUCACGUCGCACAAGGCGAUCCUCGACGCGCCCAAGCACGACAUCGCAGUCACAGACGACUUCAAGGACCAGCCUUUGCACUGGCAGACCUACCUCGAUGAGAACGGGAUCAAGGGCCCCGACGGGACGUUCAUCCCCCUCACGAGCCAGGUGAAGGACUCGAAGCACCCAAAGAACGCGACGGUCGUGUUCGACACGGGCUUCACAUUCCCGCAGGUGACGAGCGACGUCGCGGAGGCGCUGUACAAGCCCGUGCAGGGCUCCGCGCUGAAGAACGUGAGCGGGCUCGGGGAGGUGUGGACGCUGCCGUGCGACGCGGACUUUGAGGCGUCGUUUUACUUUGGCGGGGUCGAGUUCCCGAUUCAUCCGCUGGAUCUGAACUUUGAGGCGAGCCAGGUGAUGUCGAAUGCGGGUGAUCUGUGUUUUGGCGCGUUCCAGCCGUUUUCGUUUGAUCGGACGACGGACGGGAUCGUCACGUAUGAUAUGAUUCUUGGCAUGGCGUUCCUGCGCAACGCAUACCUUCUCAUCGACUUUGGCAAAUACACCGACGUCAGCACGCCCUCGGAAGGCGCUUCCUAUAUCCAGCUCCUGCCCCUGACAAACGCCACCGAGGCCCUCGCCGACUUCAAAAAGGCCCGCGCGGGCGAGAAGCCCUCCAGCACAGACGACGACACCGACCUCUUCACGACCUCCUCUUCCUCGUCCAAAUCCUCAUCCUCCAAGUCCAAAUCCACGCUCAGCAAAGUCCUCAUCGGCGCAAUCAUAGCAGCCGUCGUCGGCCUCAUCCUCGUCGGGCUCUGCUUCUGGUUCCUGUGCAGACGCCGCCGCACGAACACGGCGCCUGUGCAGGCGAGCUACGCGCAGACGUGGCAGGGCUACGGCGCUGGUCCCGCCGGUGCUGGUGGGAAUGCGGAUAUGUAUAGGCCGCUGAACGAGCCGUCGCCUGCGGGCGCGGACGAGAUGCGCAUCGCGCCUGGGGCGCCGGCGUCGACGGGGUAUCAGCCGGGUUAUGGGCAGCAAAGUUAUGGGCAGCCGGGCUAUGGUGCGUAUCAGCCGGGUGCGUAUGCGGAGCAGCAGUAUUCGACGGCAUGGGAUCAUCGGGCUUAAGCCAUCUUGGGAUUCAUGGACCUGCUACAUGCCAUCGGCGGUCACGCACCUCAGUCAUUUCUCCUUGUUUGUUUUCGCUGUCUGCUUUAUGCUCCCUCUCGUCUUCAACACUUCCACAAUAUUGUUGGAGUUUUACUUGCCGUCCACCUCUAGUUACCCGAGGGACUCUGCUUUCGCGCAAUUUAAAAUAUUCUACUUACCCUCUUCAUUCCCGACACUUAUAUCCUGUACUAUCUCAUACCUUACUUAUAGCGGUCCUUACUUGUGCUCGCGAUGCUAUCAUAAGAUAUUUCAGAACAGC